AAGAAUAAGUAGGCAGAAUGAAAGAUGCUAGUUUGACUGAAGCAGUGAGCAUUCCACCAAUCACGAAGCAAGAAGAAACAGUGCGCGUUGCUGAACAGAAAAGUAAGCAGUAGGAAACGGUAGGGAAUUCGCCAUUAUGAGUUCGAAGUUACGUGCUAGCGAAAUUGUAUGUGAACGACCCAGGAUUUGCUGAAUUGAAGUUAUAUACAAUCUAAUAAGUCCAAUAAGCAAAGCUCCAAGCAUAAAGAAGAUAACGAGACAUUUCAAUCAAAUUAUCAAUGCCGAAAACGAAGGAAAACUACAUUCUGGGUAAUUCUCAUAUGGAAAUCUGACAGCCUGGGAGGAGUAACGACGCCCCAUCAUUAAGAUGGGGAACACAAAUUCAACUAGAAAAGUAACAGUGCCUAAUGAUGAUCCAGCUGGUGUAAUUAAGGUGUCAGAAGCAGUUGUUCAACGUUUGAAAGGUACUUCGGAAGAAGUUCCGAGGCAGAAGAGUCCUGUGGACGUAAGAUCUAAUAUCCAAUCUUCUGCGCCGAUUGUUUAUCCUCCUCAGUACUCAAUGGCAGGAUCGUUGACUGCUCUUCAAAUUCAACAGGCCAAGGAGGAGGAGCUGAGGAAGAACGAUGAGUAUUGGAUGCAGCGACUUCAGCGACAGCAGGAAACUCACAAGGCUAUGGAUUUUCACAUGCAACAGCAGUACGACUCCGCAAUAUCCGAUGUAAAGGGUAGUUUGUUUGCAUGUCCAGAUCCUAAUGAUGAAGUGCCGUGCCGAAAUUUGAAAGAUAAAGUUACAGAAUGCUACAAGAAUAAUCCUAAAGCAGUGUUGAAAUGUAGUCAAGAAGUUUUGGCUUUCCAAGCUUGUGUUGAUAUUAAAAGGAUGGAAAAAAUCGAAAAUAGGGCUUGAAAGCACAAUAUGUAGCUUGGAAGUUGAUGAAUAAAUUGUUGGUAGAAUUGUAAUAGUAUUUAUAGAGAUGGUGAAGUGAAGGCAUCAGUGUGUCUGUUCUCAUAUUCUCCUUUGAUGACAACGUAUUUCAUUUUGCUGCAUUGUGUUUACUUGUGGGAGUUUUGUUCCUCUUAAUGAGUACUUCUGCCCACUUCAGGCAUUAUUUUGAAUAUUUGUAAAGAGAAAAUGAGAAGAGCGAGAGCCUUAUAUUUUAUUGUGAUGUAAUAUAUCUAUUCAGUGUACAGGAAUACAGAUAACAUGAAUUCAUAAACCAGUGGUUUUCUAUUAAUUUCUGUGCAGACAAGCAUUAUAUUAUGAGCUGCCCUGCCUCAUUUUCAAAGUCCUUGCAGUGUAGAAUUGCUAAGCAACUGAGGACUAUUUUAUGAAGAAAGAAUGAAAUAAAGAUAAAAUCAUUAUGCCAAUAAUACAUUUUUAUUGUCUGGUUAAAAUAAGUAUUCUGACAUCAGUCUGAGGUGUUGACUGUGGAGUUUCAUUGUUGUUAAACAACUUAAUAACGAGUAUUCAGUUUUGAAGAGCUUUUUUUUUUUAAUUAUUGCAACACAUACAUUAAGUAUUUACUCACAAAUUCUGACCAUGAUGAUUUGAUUUUGAUAUGUCAUACUUUACAUUUGGAGGUAUGUAGGCAAACAAAUACUGAAUAUCUAAUGCUUUAAUACUAGCUAGUACUUGGUUUUCUUUGUCUCAUGAAUAGUUCAAAAGUAUACUGGUUUCUCUCGACGUUCUGCAUCAGUUUCACAGUGAAAACUUGUAUACAUUCAGCUACAUUAAACAUGUGUUAAACAUGCCAAUUUUCUUCAUAUUUUUUUAUUGGGAGCAAACAUUUGUUUCCAUGCACAUCAAAUCUUUGUAAAUUUGGUAGGACUUCAGUGGUGAUGGCACAAAUAAUAUCUUUCAGUUUAUAAAACAUCCCGUUUCAGUAGGAGACAUGUAAUUUUAAUCCAAAAAGUAUGAGGGCAAAUGAUUUAUUUUAAUUUUAGUGUAGAAACUGCUAUUUGUUCAUAGUUUUUAAUGAAAAAAAUUUUACAAAGGGAAAAUGAACAUUUGAAUUCAAAUUUGAAAGUUUUUAAUCAAUUUUAGUUUACAUAGGCGUAUUAAUCACGUUUACUUAUUAAUCAUUUUAAGAAUAAUUUUAAGCUUAUCAAAAAGCAGGUGAUGUUUGUGUCACAUACUUAUUUUAAUCGGACAAUUUGUAUUCAUCUUGUUUUCAAUAUCAUUCUUGCAAUGCAUUGGCAGGAAUGGGCAUUAAUUUCUCUUUGCAAAUGUAUUUCCUUGCUUGUAUGCACAUUUUCCCCCUAUAACACAAGCCAUUCCUUGUCCUAAUUGUUUUACGAAGGAUCUGUCAAACAGUAUGUUCUCUUGGUAGUUUUAUGAACAGAGAUGUCAAAAUGUGUUUUGGAAGUGAAAAUAGAAGAAAUUGAAUGAAUGCAAGGCGAUUUUCGUAUUUCUAUUGUUAAUGGUAGGGGUUGAUUGAAAUAUGAAACCUGAUGUACUCUUGAUUCAAUUAAUUUUUGUACUAGAGCAAAAUCGUGCACUUCGCAAUGAAAGCAAUAAAUUGGCGAGCAGGAUUUUUCUCGCUGUAUAUCAUUAAUGUUUUGGAUAAAGGGGAUUAGAAAUAAUGAAAAAAAAAAAAUAGAGAAAUAAAAAUGUUUCAAAUUAAAAACUAGCAAGGAAUUGGUCCCUUAAUAGAGUUAAAUUAUAUACUGGAAAUAUGAAUAUACCUUAUGAAUUCGUAAAUUAAUGUCGGAAAAGAGCAAGAGUUGAAAUGGUUAUAUAAUUCCAAAUAAAAAUUCCAUAUCAGUGCAAAAAGCAAUUUAUUACAAAUGUUCACUUUAUCAUUUAACGUCAAUAACCUUUAGAAAAAUAAGAGGCUGGGAAGGAAAAACUGGUGUGAAUGGUGGUGCACUCUUGUAGCUGUCUGUGGAACUACGCGAGAACAGUCGACUCGUAUUAAAACCGCGAAAAUUUGAAAUGUAAGUUUUACGUACAUUUUGUUAAGUGCUUUUAAUUUCAAACAAUUUGUAACAGAACUUGAUAUACAGUUGAUUGGUUACGAGCCUAUACAAUAGUUGAGUUUCUUAGAUGGUAGAGUGGCAACACUUGUAGAAAUAAUUGAUAAGCUUUCAUUUCUCAUCAAAAUAUAUAAAUAGAUCGAUAAACUAAUUGGUGGUAGUCCCUUUCUCUAGCUUUUAUAUCUGUUCCAGUACAGUAUUGUCUUCACAGUUGAUAGCAAGCAAUUGAGUUCAUUACAGUUUUUGAGCUCUUGUAUGACAGCAUUUGACAAAGAAUUUUGUUUCCGAGUUUCAAACAGGAUUCACUUUUCUUGGAACAGAGCAAAUGUUGUGAGACUGUGUUGUUUCAUAUUUAUGUUUUGCUUGGUAACAAAGAAGAGCUGGUGACAAUAAGGUUGAAACCAUCACCGAAGGUAAGUAUUGAAGAAACAAAUGCCAAGGUUAAUUUAUGAAUAUGUGCUUAAUAAUUCCCAGCAUAACACGUGAAAGAGUUUUAAAGUGGGAACAGUCAGAAACACAUAAAAUUGAACAUGCUUGAUAAGAAUAAUUAUUAAAUUAAUAUGCAAAUAUUGCAGUUGUAUUGAAAAAAAUAAUAUACCUAGGAGACUCUGUUUAUUACUGUGAUUCAAAUGAAUUUAUUAUUUGUCAACCAAAUUGUUUUGAUAAUGUACACAAAUAUUUGAAAAUGUUACAGCAAAUAGUGAAUUUAAUUGAAAAAAAAAUUC